CAUUGGUAGGGACUUCCAUCAAAUUCGUCAUCGUGAUGAAAUCUCUUUUCCUUCACAUAUAAACUUGCAUAUGCUUUUGUUUAAUGAUUUCAUUAUGGGCAAUAGUCUUAUUGAUCUCUUGGUGACUGGGGCUCAUUUUACAUGGUCCAGUAAUUGCUCUAACCAUCUUAUUUUUUCUAAAUUGGACUGGUUUUUAGUCUCGGAAGCUUGGGAAAGAGUUUUUCCUUUUGUAAAAGUCAAUACAUUAACCAAGUUCUCCUCCGACCAUUUGCCCAUUUGCCUGCACACUGAGCAUGUGAUUCCUGGUCCUAGACCUUUUCGACUUGAUAUUGGUUGGUUGAAUGGAUCUGAAGUUGUUGAUUGGUAAAACAGGCUUGGGCUAGUUGUUAUGUUUUUGGCAAGGCUGGGUUUCUUCACAAAAACUUGAUUUCUUUAAAAUAUAAAAUCAUUGCCUGGAAAAAAUAAACUCAAUAUCAAAUCAAAGGCAAGAUUGAGACCACCAUUAUGGAUUUAGAAUUGCUUGAAAAUUCAAUCCAAGAUAACCAUGCUAUGUCGGAUGAUCCUUUAAGCAACAAACAGGUGUUGCCUAACAAUCUGCAUGAGUAUCUUAGAUUGGAAGAAAUGUAUUGGAAAUAAAGGUCUCGCGUUAAAUGGCUUAAAGAAGGAGACAUGAAUACGAAAUUUUUUCAUGUUAUUACUAACGCUCGCAGAGGGCAGAAUGACAUUUACAUGAUGAAAAUGCUAGGUGUUUCUGAAGAUGACUCUGCUGGUAAGGACAAUGCAAUUAUUAAUCACUUUCAGAAGGCCUUCUCUUUGAGUACCAGCUUGGGGUUUAUCAGAUGGUGUUCCUUUCAAAAUCUCUUCCACCACAUCUUGUUGAGGAGCUUGAAAAGGAUAUAUCUGAAGAAGCAGUUAAACAUGCAAUUUUUGUUCUCUUAGGCGACAAGGCUCCAAGACCAUAUGGUUUUCCCCUUAUUUUUUUUGAAAGAUUAUGGUAUUUGCUCAAGACUGACAUUUUGCUUAUGGUUCAGGAAUUUAUGAGUACGAGUCUCAUGCGCAAGAGUGAACAAUCUGCUUUCAUUCGUGAUAGAAUGUUCAUGUAUAUCAUCCUUAUUGCUCAGGAAUGCAUCCACUCCAGAUCCCUUCAAGAUAGAGCAUGUGUGGUGAUAAAACUAGACAUGGAGAAGGCUUUUGAUAGAAUGCUUGGGCAUGUGAUUAAAAUUGUUGAGCGUUAUAUGCUCACCUUCAUCUGGCGGUUUGUUGAUGAGAAUCAGCGAAAAUAUCAUCUUGUUGCUUGGGACAAAGUUUGCACUCCAGUUAAUAUGGGAGGACUUGGUAUUCGUAAAUUAAAAUCAAUGAAUCUGGACCUUCUCUCUAAGUGGUGGUGGAGAAUUAUUCAAGCCCCAAUCACUUGUGGAAAUAAGUCUUGGUGGCUAAAUAUGGUUUUGACCAUAUCUCUCACCUUGUCAAGAAGGGACGUGGUGGUAAUUUUUUCUCCUAAAUUUGGAAAGAUAUUUACAGCUUUAAAAGAGUGGUCACUAGCACUGUCAGGUGGCUUAUUGGCAAUGGGGAGAACACCUACUUCUGGUUUAAUAAGUGGAUAG